UAACAUCACAAUGCAAAUGCCCAACAGUAUAAAAGUCUAAAAUACAAUUUUAUACAUCUUAAGUACAUAAACUUAGACCUUAGGACAAUGACAAAGGAGAUGACAAUGAUCCCUAAACCCUAAAUGGAUGGAGAAAUUAUGAUAUAAGAGAAAUUGAUGGAUGGACCAGAAUUUAUUUUAGGACUUGUUGAAUCCACCCGUGACCCGUGACCCGUGACCCGUGACAAAAUUAUCAGAUUUGUUAGACGGACGGAGGCAUUUAUAAGUUAGGUGGGAGGUGCUUCUCUCACCUUCCUUCAAUGCAUUAACUCUCUUCAGUAUAUUGCUUGAUUGAUGCUUCAAAAUAAAUGUUCUUACUUUGUUCGUAUAUGUGAUAAUAAUCGCAUUAACAUUUAACACCCCAACUUCAUUCCCUCCCUCUUCCAGAUCUCUCUCUCUCCGAACAACCAACGCAUUGGGCGAUGGAGCACCACCCGGUGGCGGAGGCCGACGAUCGGAGCCCCUUUGGACGCCUCACGCCCGACGAGUUCUACGCCCGACACGGAGUCUCCCACGACUCCUCCUCCUUCCUCAACCCACGCGGCCUCCGCAUCUUCACGCAAUGGUGGAUUCCCCUCCCCACCUCCUCUCCCAUCAUCGGCAUCGUCGCCGUCGUUCACGGAUUCACCGGUGAGUCCAGCUGGCUAAUACAGCUCACCGCCGUCCAUAUCGCCAAGGCGGGCUUCGCUGUUUGCGCCAUCGACCACCAGGGUCACGGCUUCUCAGACGGCCUCCCCACUCACAUACCCGAUAUCACCCCCGUCGUUGAUGAUUGCAUCUCCUUCUUCGAUUCCUUCCGCGACCGCUUUCCCGCAGCCCUCCCAUCUUUCCUCUACUCCGAGUCCCUCGGCGGCGCCAUCGCUCUCCUAAUCCACCUUCGUCGCAGCGCAUCUGCUGGAGUCGCGUCCCGCCCCUGGGACGGCGCCAUCCUCAACGGUGCCAUGUGCGGCAUCAGCGACAAGUUCAAGCCUCCUUGGCCGCUCGAGCACCUUCUCUGGCUUGCUGCGGCAGUGAUCCCCACCUGGCGGGUGGUUCCCACAAGGGGCUCCAUCCCGGAGGUCUCAUUCAAGGUGGAGUGGAAGCGACGGCUGGCGAUCGCGAGCCCGCGGCGUUCCCUGGCUCGGCCUAGGGCAGCCACGGCGCAGGAGCUGCUUCGAAUCUGCCGGGAUUUACAGGCCCGAUUCGAGGACAUCACCCUGCCUCUGCUUAUCGUGCACGGCGGUGAUGAUGUCAUCUGCGACCAGGCCUGCGUUGAGGAGCUCCAUCGCCGUGCUUCCAGCCAGGACAAGACCAUCAAGAUAUACCCCGGCAUGUGGCACCAGCUGAUUGGCGAACCGGAUGAGAAUGUAGACCUUGUUUUUGGUGAUAUUAUAAACUGGCUUCGCACUCGGGCCGAGCGUUCAACCGCCGGCCGGCCGGCUGCUGGUUCAUAAUUGGGGCUUCAUUGGAAAUGGGUCGGUAUCUUCUUCACGCUUCUUUCAUGUGGUGCUGCUGCAAGCCACCGAACUCUAACUACCUGUAGCUGCCAUACAUACAAGCUAGGUCACAGCCGACUGAAUUAGUAUUAGCCUUAUUUCUAAGGUUAUUAUUUAUUAAGUGCUUAAUUAUGGUAUUUUUAUGUUAAGAUUUAGUCUCUCUCUCUCUCUCUGUGUCUUUUGCUAUUUUGUAUGUAGUGGUGGUUAUUAAGGAAAAUGUAAUGAAGUCAUUCUGCUGUUUCGUUUA